AUGGCCAACAGUCCUCAACAGCUCCACCCUACAUAUAUGGCCGUGAACAAGGAUGAUUUGCUGAUAGACUUCGGUCCCUUUUUUUCGGGAACUCCGUCUGACAAGCAUGCCGUCGCCUUAUCCAUCACCGAGGCGCUCAAAAACUCUGGCUUUCUCUACUUAAAAAAUCACGGAAUACCACCAUCGAUUGUGUCUCAGGUGUUCUCUUCAUCUGCUCGAUUCUUCGAUCGCCCCCAGGACCAGAAGAACGAUUUAGGAUGGACAACCCCACAAUCAAAUCGUGGAUACGUUGCCAUCGGCCGAGAAAAGCUUGCUACCCUUGAUGAAACAGGUGAGAUAGAUACUCGCCGGAAAUCUGUACCCGACAUCAAGGAGACUAUGGAGAUUGGCCGGGAGGACGUAGAUAGCUUGCCGAACCGCUGGCCCGACCAUCUCGAUGACGAAGGCAAAAGGUUCAAGGAAACAAUGCUUGGGUUUUUUGAGAUGUGCAAAAAUCUACACAAGCAGGUCAUGAACUCGAUCGCCCUUGGUAUGAACCUGCCCGGGCACUUUUUCGACGAAUUUGUAAGUGAUGGUGAUAAUAACCUUCGCCUUUUGCAUUAUCCGCCCGUCCACAAAGAUGUCUUCAAGAAGAACCCUGAGCAAGUUCGCGCCGGUGAACAUAGUGAUUAUGGCUCUGUUACACUGCUCUUCCAAGAUCGACAUGGGGGCUUGCAAGUGCGCAGCCCCAGGGGGUCGUUUGUUGACGCCACUCCAAUCGCCGAUACAAUCGUGAUCAAUGCCGGCGACCUGCUCGCGCGCUGGUCAAAUGAUACUAUUAAGAGUACCCGCCAUCGAGUAAUACAACCACCCCAGCCCGAGGGCGAGGAUAGCUCGCUCGACAUCUACCCUUCACGUUACAGCAUUGCAUACUUCUGCAACCCCAACAACAAUAAGGUCAUCAAGGCCCUACCGGGAACGUACGGUGAAGAUAUCCAUGUCGCAAAAAAGUACACAGACGUUACCGCGGGCGACUAUCUAGUCCAACGACUAACAGAGACAUAUUGA